AUGGGUGCGCAUGUGAUGUUGCUGCCCUCGUUGGGGCACGGUCACCUCAUCCCCUUCAUGCAACUCGCCCAGAAAUUGGCCGCCAAGGGUUUAACCAUCAUUUUUGUCACAACCUUUCACCACAUCCCUUCACUGCGCAAGAAAGUAGAUGGUGCCCGUGAGGCCGGGCUGGACAUUCACCUGCUUGAAAUGGAGAUUCCCGGCGAUCACUUAACACUGGGCAAAGUGAACAGCAACAGUGUGCAGUGGCACCAGCUCCCUCCCCUGCUUGACGCCAACGAGAGGCUUCAGCCCCACUUCCAACGCUUUCUGGAACGCUUUUUAGCCCGAGAAAUAAGCCCCCUUCCCACUCCCGUCUGCCUCAUUGCAGAUUUUCUUCUGGGUUGGUCAUCCGCUGUAGCUCAAAAAUUCGGUAUACCCAGAGUGAGUUUCGAGACUUCGGGCAUGUUCGCAGAGUCGGUGCAGCAGAUCGUGUGGGACACUCUCCCACGGAACCUCCCGCGAACGGAGUCGGGUCGGUACUUGGUUCCGGGCGUUCCAAGGGAAGUGAGGCUCAGUCGCCUUCAACUCUUGCCCGAGUUGCCCGAGGCAACGCCCGACAACGGCACCCAUCAGUUCUGGGUGCGCCAGAGGCGCGGGAACAAGCAGAGCUGGAGGACAGUCGUCAACACGUUUUACGAGCUCGAAGGGGAGUUUGUGGACCAUUUUGAGCGGGUUAACGGGACUUUGAGAACAAUCGGGCCUUUGCUUCCGCCCGAGGUGUUCGAGGACGGGCAUGUCGAACGCAAAAGAAUCGCCCCUGCGGUGGAAUUGGGGGCGAGCACGGACGGGGAAAAGUGUAUGCAGUGGCUGGACGAACAGGCGGAGGAAUCUGUGCUUUAUAUUUCCUUCGGCAGUGAGAAUUCCAUCUCGACGGCGCAGAUGGAGGAACUCGCUCUUGGGUUGGAAGCGAGCGGGGUGAAGUUUGUGUGGGUUCUGCGCACGCCCUCAGACGCUGCUCAGAAUUCAUUCAGCUCCGCAUUAGACUUUCUUCCGGCGGGGUUGCACAGUCGCAUGGCGGCCAAAAGACAGGGGUUCUUCGUCCUCGGGUGGGCCCCGCAGCUGGGCAUUCUGGCACACCCUGCCACCGGCGGUUUUCUUACUCACUGCGGUUGGAAUGCGGUUCUGGAAUCCACCACCGCGGGAGUUCCACUCAUCGCCUGGCCGCUUUACGCGGAACAGCCUUUUAACUCCAAGUUUGUGGUGGAUGAGAUCGGGAUAGCUCUGGAAGCGCCGCAGAGAAUUGAGCAGAAUUGGCUGGUGAGCAGAGAUGAUGUGGAGGUAAUUGUACGGUCCCUGAUGAUCGAAGAGAAGGGUAAGGAGUUGAGGAAAAGGAUCAAGGAAUUGAAGGCGGCUGCCAGAAUAGCGGUGGCUGAAGGUGGGUCUUCUUAUAAAAAUUUCGAUCUGUUCGUUUCAGAAAUUAUGGCACUGCCACAGGCUUAA